GGCGCCCUGGCUGCGGAGCGGUGGCCUGGCCGCGGAGCUCGCGCCUGCCGCAGUCCGUCAGUCCCGGCGGGCAGCGCUCCGGAGCAGACCCCGCCUGCCCACCGCCCUCGCCGCCGCUGCGGCUCCCUCCCGCGAUCGCAGCCCGGUGGUCCGGAGACAACCGCUGCAGCCUGGGCCGGAGCCGGGGCAGGGCUUGGCCUUCCGGGGGGCGCACUGCGAACUUGCGGAGGACAGGCGCCCACAGGUGAGCGUCGCGCACGUGUCCAGGUGGCCGUCUCGGGGACUCCGUGCAGAGCAGUUGCAAAUCCCUGCGCUCUCAGCCUCAGAGAGGAUUGUGGACUCUUGCAAGAUUUACAGUGAUAUGGUGACUCCAAAGGCUGGGAACAAAAGCAUUUGCUCAGAUUUUUAGUUUUAACAACAGUCAAUUCUACCAACGCCCAUCAUGGCUAAAAGUGCAGAGGUCAAACUGGCAAUAUUUGGGAGAGCAGGCGUGGGGAAGUCAGCACUUGUAGUGAGAUUUCUGACCAAAAGGUUCAUCUGGGAAUAUGAUCCCACCCUCGAAUCAACCUACAGACACCAAGCAACCAUCGAUGAUGAAGUUGUUUCCAUGGAGAUCCUAGAUACUGCUGGUCAGGAAGACACCAUUCAGAGAGAAGGCCAUAUGCGAUGGGGGGAAGGCUUUGUGCUGGUCUACGACAUUACUGACCGGGGAAGUUUCGAGGAAGUACUGCCACUGAAGAACAUCCUAGAUGAGAUCAAAAAGCCCAAGAACGUGACUCUCAUCUUGGUUGGAAACAAAGCUGACUUGGACCACUCCAGACAAGUGAGUACGGAAGAAGGGGAGAAGCUGGCCACAGAAUUGGCAUGUGCUUUUUACGAGUGCUCUGCCUGCACGGGUGAAGGGAACAUCACAGAGAUCUUCUAUGAGUUGUGUCGAGAGGUGCGACGCAGGAGGAUGGUGCAGGGCAAGACCAGGAGGCGCAGUUCCACCACGCAUGUCAAGCAGGCUAUCAACAAGAUGCUCACCAAGAUCAGCAGUUAGGCACCUCUGGUAUUGCAAGGCCCUUCGAGAUGGGUCGGGUCAUGGGAAACACUCUCAUGCCCUUCCUUUUCCCUUCCAAAAGUGAAAGAAUAAAAGCCCACUCCUUAUGUUGACUCUGGGACAUGUCUGGGCUUCCCACCUUCCCAGCCUCCCACUCUCUUGCUGGGAGAUUUUAGAGUGUUGUAUGCAGUUCUAGUGCUGAUAAUCUCUCCCUUUCCUGCUUGCAUAGGACCCACUCUAAUGUAGUUUGAAGAUGUAAUCACCAGAGAUUCUGAAAUGGCUGGGUUGUAGUAAGCUAUUUUUAUGCAUCUCCACCGUGGUUAAAUAAGUUGAAGCCUUUUCAACGGCAUUUUAAAAUUCAGUUUCUUGUCAAAGACUACAAAUGAUCAUCAUAAAUGUCUAAGAAAGCAGAAAAUACAGUAAAAACAGCAGAAGGGAAGCUGUUAUUGGAACGGGUAUUAGAACUUUAGUUCCUAUUAGAAGUGAGGAUUUUCUGAAAUAAAUCAUGCAGUUUUUCUUUAGUCUUUUAGUGUGCUCUUAAGUUGAAACAUGCCCUUAUUAAGGUGUUUUGCUGUGUUGAAGAGUUCAUUUCCAUUUGAGUCAGUUCUUUCAAUGACAUAUUGAUCCUUACAGCCUAAUUCUUCCUCCUUGGCUCAAAUAAGAUUUUAAUUAUAAUAGAGGCAGCAGCACCAGCAAUUCAGAUGCUGCUAGGGCUUUUCUCCCCAAGUUCAGGGUGAUAUAAAAUAUUAGGAAUCUUUUCACCAAAUCCUGACUUUACUGCUUGCUAGAAGAGGAGUUAGAGACCUUUAAUCAUUUCUUAUUGUGUUUGUCAGCUUAUCAGAAAAAAUAACAGUCCAAACAACAGGAAAAUUAAGAAUGGAUUAAACUAACCUUCCCUCUGGAAGCCAAUUUUCUAUGCCAAUCACAGUCAGAAAAAUUAGCAUCUGAUUCAUUAAGUUGACCACUUGACUUCGUUUAACAUUUUGGGUAAAUUUAUUUAAGAGAAUUCAGAAAAGAAUGAGUAAUUAAAGUUCACUAUACCUGAAUACAUGUGUAUAAAAUUGAUUCUUGUACUGUGAAAGUACAGUCUAUAACUGACAAAACUAUGAAUCUUUUCUCAUUAUGCCCCCCAUAUAUCAAGAUUUGGGCACUUUAUUUUAGAAGAAAAUAUAUCUUUUACAUGUGUAUGUAUUUAUAAAUUCAUAGAUUAUAUGUAUAAAAAUUUGUAAGUGUUGGAAGCUUUAAUUCACCAAUGUAUUUCAACAACUUUGUGUAAUUGACUUUAUUUUGUGUGACUAUAAUAAAAAGCAUAAAUUUUGAAUUAA